UACCUAUCUCCAUUUUUUUUUUUCAAAAAGGUAAAAUUUUUGUCGAGAAAAAAAAUAUUACCAAUUGAAUGUUGAUUUUAUUAAUUACAUAAGCUGAAAACUCGUGAUGCUUAUUAAUAUCUAUAUAUAAAUGACGCGAGCGCAGUAAUUUUGAUUCUUUCAAUGGCUAGACCCCGAAAGCAACGCAAGAUACGCAAUCCAUCACUAAAAGUUUCGCGUAAAAAUGCAAAUAAACAUUUCAAAAGAGUUCCAAUAAAAGGGAAUUCCAUUAUUGCAGCUAAUUGGGAUAAAAAGGCUACUUUACGCCAAAAUUAUCAUCGUAUGGGCCUUAUGACGUCUCUAAACGGCGUUUCGGGUGGCGUUGAGAAGUUAUAUCCUGAUAAGGCUCAAGAAAUAGAUUUAGAAGUAAUAAAGAAAUCGUUAGGUCCUGAAGAAGGUAUAAUAGAACGAGACGAAAAAGGUAAUGUCAUCAAUGUAACUAUUGGACGGUCUCGAGAAGAGGAGGAAGAGGAAGUGUUUGAUACCGAAAUCGACCCAGUUCCCGCAAAAACGGAUAUUAUUAAAGCUUUGGAAGCUCAAGCUGCAAGCGUUUUUAGCAAACACGAAAGCUAUCAAUCUAACGGAGAAAAACAGUUUAUAGAAGAACUGAUUCAAAAAUAUGGCGAUGAUUAUGAUGCUAUGUUUAGAGAUAUAAAGCUUAAUAUAUAUCAACAUACAGCGGCUCAAUUAAGAAAAAAAUGUCAAAGAUAUCUGAAAAAUAAACAAACAAUUUAAAAUUACUAUAAUAAAUAUUUAUUAUAUUCUGUAUCUAAUAAUCAUUUGCAAUGAUAAAGCAUAUUAAGUUCUU